AUGGCACAAAAAAGUGUAUCAGACAUACUGAGAAGUGCUUCUUUAGACUUGACCCCUUACGAGGAUCUUUACAAGCAUUUUCACGCCCAUCCCGAACUUUCGCAACAAGAGGAAUCUACAUCUCGAAAGGUUGCAGCCCAUCUGUCCCAGUUAAAGGCUUAUGAAGUCCACACAAAUAUCGGUGGAUAUGGGGUCGCAGGAGUUCUUAGAAAUGGUGUUGGGAGAACCAUUCUUCUGCGGGCUGACAUGGACGCACUUCCAGUCAAGGAACUCACCGGGCUCCCAUACGCGAGCUUGGUCACAAUGCGCGACGCCGACGGCAUUGAAAAACCAGUGAUGCAUGCUUGUGGACAUGACAUGCACAUAACUUGUCUACUCGCAGCGGCUGCAACGCUUGCGAACAUUCAGUACGCAUGGAGCGGAACUGUAAUCGUGCUGUUUCAGCCGAACGAAGAACGGGGCGGAGGCGCGCAGGCUAUGGUUGACGAUGGACUUUAUUCGAAGGUUCCUCUUCCGGAUUUUAUAUUUGGCCAACACGUAAUGCGAAUGCGUGCAGGAAGGGUUGGCUCACGUCCAGGUACAAUCAUGGCUGCUGCCGACAGUCUUAAAAUUACCGUCUAUGGGCGCGGUGGCCAUGGAUCACUGCCACAUCAGACAGUAGAUCCUGUGCUUCUCGCUGCACAUAUUGUUAUUAGACUGCAGGGCAUCGUGAGCAGAGAGAUAGACCCAAGUGAUCUCGCUGUCGUAACCGUCGGAAGUUUGCAAGCUGGGCAGACAGAGAAUAUCAUUGCAGACAGGGCUGAAAUUGGACUUGAUUUCAGGACUGUCAAGCUCGAAACUCGGCAGAAAAUCAUAUCUGCUAUCCAGCGCAUCGUCGAGGCCGAGUGCAUGGCUAGUGGCUCGCCCAAACCACCAUUGUUCACUCCCACACGCCGGUUUCCGCCCACCUCAAAUGACAAACAUAUAGCGUCUCAACUAGCCGAAUCAUUCGAAAAACAUUUCGAGGACUUUGACGGGGAUACUCCGAGAACCAAUGUUAGCGAAGAUUUUUCUACGCUGGGUACUUCCAAAGGCAUUCCAUGCUGCUUUUGGUUCAUUGGGGGUAUUGACGCAGAACUUUGGGAUAAGGUCCAGAGAGAAGAUAAUCCCACAGAAGAAAUACCCGGAAACCACUCGGCCCUUUUUGCGCCCGUUAUACAACCAACGAUGAAAGUUGGAGUGGAUGCUCUUUGCAUUGCAGCUUUGACUUUUUUGAGGAAAUAG